GCGAGGGAGGUCCCGGCCGCGGCCGUCCCACUGCGCCGAUUUCCAACGAGCGGGACCGGCCGCCCCAGUCCAGCCACAAUGUUCCCGAUGCUGAGCAGCGGCUUCGAGGACGACCCUUUCUUCUCUGAUUCUUUUCUUGCAAACCGAGAAAGUAUGCGCCAAAUGAUGAGAAGUUUUUCUGAACCUUUUGGAAGAGGCUUUCUCAGCAUCUAUGAUGGUAGAGGAGGAGCCCGUAAUCAUAGAAGGCAUGAUGAUAGCAAAGAUUCCUCAAUGCAUACAGAUGUCAACCCUUUUCAGACAAUGGACCGAAUGAUGUUAAAUAUGAGAAACAGUAUGCAGGAGUUACAGAGAAACUUUGGUCACCUUUCAGUGGAUCCCAAUGGCCAUUCAUUUUGUUCUUCCUCAGUUAUGACCUAUUCCAAAGUAGGAGAUGAACCACCCAAGGUUUUCCAGGCCUCGACUCAAACCCGCAGUGCUCCAGGAGGAAUAAAGGAAACAAGAAGGGCACUGAGAGAUUCUGACAGCGGAUUAGAAAAAAUGGCUGUUGGUCACCACAUCCAUGACCGUGCUCACAUCAUUAAAAAGUCAAAGAACAGAAAGACUGGUGAUGAAGAGGUCAAUCAAGAGUUCAUCAACAUGAACGAAAGUGAUGCUCAUGCUUUUGAUGAUGAGUGGCAAAAUGAAAUUUUGAGGUACAAACCUGGUGGACGAUCACACAAUCUAGAAAACAGUAGAAUGGGAAGUAUUGGUCAUGAGCACUCAGGAUCACGGGAGCACAAAAGAAGGGAGAAACUUCGUCAUAGUCCAGCCCUUGAGAGUGGAAAAAGAUCAAACAUUUUUGUGGACAAACUCAACAUAAAAGGAUCGCCUGUGAAAAUCAACAAAAAAUAAAUAGUCACACAUUUCAUCUGUUUAGUUGAUUGUUUUAACCAAGAAAGUAAUGGUGCUAGAUAACACACAAGACCAAGUUCCUGCUGUUAAAUCAAUACUGUACUUUGCAACGUUCUUGUAAGUUCUAACUUUACAUUGUUCCUACUUUAAGAAUAAAAUUUUGAUGUUCAACAAUA